AUGAUAAACGAUAAACCAACAGGCUUACUUUCGUUGCCGAAUGAGCUGCUACUCUAUCAUAUAUUCAUCUAUCUCCAUUCAACAGACCUGUUACAUGCGUUUGGUCAAUUGUACAAUCGUCGUUUGAAUGCUCUUCUUUGUGCAUACAUUCGUCAUGUUGACUUCUCAACUAUUGAUACGUCUGUUGUUUCGAUUGAUAGGUGGCUACCUUAUUUAACAAUUUCAUCGUUUCGAAUCAAUGCCGAUCAUCUCAAUGAUCAGCAUUUCGCUAUAUUUUCCAGCCUCAAUCGUCUCGAUCUUCAGUUGACAACAGCCUCUCAAAAAGUGUCUCAAAUGGUCGCAUUCACUCGACUUAAAGUACUUUCAAUUACUUUGACUUCAGAGCAACCUCAACGACUUGAAGGGUUGGCCUCAUUUCUAUGGCAUCCAGACAACUACCUAGAAAGUUUAUCUUCCUCAAAUUGCUUCAUACUGGAUAAGGAUGACCUUUUCCCAACAUCAUCGUCACAUUUGUUUCGCCAUUGUUUUGAUGCCGUUUGUACCUAUGCUCUUGAACAUUUCGAACUUCGCUUACAUAAUGUUUAUAAUCGAUCUUCGACUUUUUCGCCACAGUUUUUGCAACGACGAGCAUGGCCAGCAAAAGUCAGAUCAUUGCGUUUCGUCACCCAUGAUCAGCUAAUGGAUACAACGAGUUUUUGCGCUUUCGUGAAACGCUUUUCUUUAUCGCUCGAGCAUCUGUCAUUUUACAUCAGCACACGUCAACGUUUUCUCAUGUCGACACCACACUCACUCGAGCAGGAUUUACUAACUCAUCUGACGCAUUUGAAACGAAUCGACUUUUGUGUCCACAGCGGAUUUAUGAAUGUUGAAAUAGAUCGUCGUCAAACAUUUGACAAUUGGACGAAAAAACAAGUCAUUUCCAUAUUACAUCGGCGUCAGUUUCAUACACGAUUCACACUCCCAUUUGCUUUUGAUCGAUUGGAACAUGUACGCAACGGUUUUGUCGACUUUCAUUGCAAUUACCGAAAAUCUAAUGCCAUCUUAUCACUUCCAUCUGUUGUUAUGAUUAGUCUUGAUUCUCGCGCCAAGUUCAGCCUUGUUCUAUUCACAUUCAUUCAGCAGAUAUGUCCUUGUCUACGUCAUCUUCAGUUUAAAAACUAUUGUCAUUUCAGUGAUGAUCUAAUUCAAAACACAACUCUGACAUUACCAACUGUCAUUGAACUUUGUCUUGGAAAUGUGAUUUGUUCUAUCGAUUUUCCUACUCUACACCGUGUUCUUUGUCUUAUCCCUAAUCUGAAACAUUUGACUGCUAAACGAUGUCAUAUUAAUGUCAUCGACACUAUGAACAACGAUACCACGAAUGUUACAUUACCACCCGACAAUUUUGAUCACUUUGUCAGUUUAAUCAAAUUGAAUUUGAUUGGUUUUAAUACACAACGUAAAACAUUCGAAGGUGGAAACAAAGAAGAACAAGAUGAUGACAAUCCUAAUGACUUUGUGUUUGAUUUCUUGAUUCUCACGCCAAGUUCAGCCUUGUUCUAUUCACAUUCAUUCAGCAGAUAUGUCCUUGUCUACGUCAUCUUCAAUUUAUUUAAAAACUAUUGUCAUUUCAGUGAUGAUCUAAUUCAAAACACAACUCUGACAUUACCAACUGUCAAUGAACUUUGUCUUGGAAAUGUUGUUUGUUCUAUCGAUUUUCCUACUCUACGCCGUGUUCUUUGUCUUAUUCCUAAUCUGAAACAUUUGACUGCUAAACGAUGUCAUAUUAAUGUCAUCGACACUAUGAACAACGAUACCAAUGCUGCAUGUUCAAUGAUCGAUGCUCUUUGUCAGAUGGAUCCACAAGCAAUUCCCAAGCGUAUAUAUCUACUUGGUGGCUAUUAUAACAUUAAUUAUAUGCAACUACGAAAUCAAAUCGAUGUGAUGCAUGAGAAUUCUAAAUCGGUUCUGAAAGCGAAUGUUACAUUACCACCCGACAAUUUUGAUCACUUUGUCAGUUUAGUCAAAUUGAAUUUGAUUGGUUUUAAUACACAACGUAAAACAUUCGAAGGUGGAAACAAAGAAGAACAAGAUGAUGACAAUCCUAAUGACUAG